AUGAUAGCUUUUGAGCCGUGGAAGGAACUCCCGUUGCCAGUAUGCUCAACACGACCCUCCGCGUGGAAGAUGACAACAUCUCUAGGAUACGUAUACGCCAGUGCAGGUAACGUCGGUCGUCCUCGAAGUCAUGGGCCGAUUGAGCACCGAAUCUGUACGCCGGAAGGCGGGACUGCUGCUGAAGGAGGUAAUGGAUUGGGGGAGAUGGACAUGGUUUCAAUAGAGGCGUGCAUCCCAGCAAUACCUCCAUACACAUACAUAAUACAUCAAGUGAAAACAUGCAUUACCAUCACCCUUUUGAAAUGGAUCUUUGCAAGCGAGGCACCUCUCGUCAACACCGUCACUCUCACAUCCAUCACUCUCACAUCCAUCACCCUCACAUCCAUCACCCUCACAUCCAUCACCCUCACAUCCAUCACUCUCACAUCCAUCACCCUCACAUCCAUCACCCUCACAUCCAUCACUCUCACAUCCAUCACUCUCAAAUCAGCACUCUGUCCUCUCGCACACACACCCAACCGCCGACUUCCUAAAACAUAUAUUCCUAUCCCACGUAUUUAUUUGGACAACGACAUGACCACAUCCACCACCCCAAACCUCAUUGCGACACUCGAGUCCUACCUUAAUCCCGCCCUCACGAUAGACUCCAGCUCUGCUACCCCAGCCGACAAGACCCUGCCCGCCCUCCACCUUCUACCCUCGUCCACUCUGUCCAAACUCCGUAAUCUCGGUCCGGCUCGCGUGAAAGAUAUGCGUCUCGUUCUCGGCCAGGCCCGCCAGGUCAUCUCGCAUGUACCCAUAUCAGCAUCACCGCAAGUGUGCGCGCGGUGCAAUGAUGCGUUGUACGCGGCGGUACGGCUCAAUGGUGAGAGAUUUUCGGGGCUGGCGAUGUUGCCGGGGGGGAGAGGUGAGGGGAGAGAAGCAGCAAAGGAGUUGCAAAGAUGUGUUUCCAAGUAUGGGUUCGUGGGGGGUGUUGUUGGGCUGAAGAGAGGGGAUGGUGGAGAAGGUAUAGUGAGCGAUGGGGGAUGGGAGGAGGUCUGGGGAACGGCGGUGAAAUGCAGGGUGCCCAUUGCCCUGAGGGAGUUGUGGCCGUCGAGUGCGGAGAUACCAAACUACCAGCGCAACCUACCAGACACUGCCAUGGCUCCCAUCCUCACGCACCUACAUACGUGUCAUUCUGCCUCGCCUCUACCAUUCCUCCAUAUUUACCUUGGCGGCAUCUUCGAUCGCCAUCCCAGCCUCCGUCUCAUCCUUUGCCAUCCAGGCGCGCUGCCUUCCCUCCUCCCGUGCAUCGAGAAGCUGCUGUCGAGCAUCCCUGAAGCAGAUAAACCCAAACGCUCCUACCUCGACGUCUGGCAACACAACAUUUACCUUUCGACGGCAGACGUGCAAGAAAUGUCCAGCAUGAGAUCUUUGCUUGAACUGAUUCCCAUGGACAGGGUCCUGUACGCCAGCAACUAUCCACUGGAAGAGAGGGGAAGGACACUAAUGGACGAGCUGCGCGAAAGCGGGUUUUUGACAGAGACGGAGUGGGAGAGGGUGGCUUGGGAGAAUGCGGAGGCGCUUUUCGGACUGAAGAAGUGCGUGGAGAGCAAAGAGGGGAUGAAGCAGAAGAGUCUGGCAAUACCUGGGAUAACAGUUUCGUAUUCUACAGGGAUCACCGAGUGA